CCGGGCUCUCCAUCCCCACCUCGGCCUCGUACUCCAAGAAAACGCAGGCGGCCAACGCGGAGAACAAACGGGGAGGAGGAGCAGGAGCGGGAGGAGGAGGAGGAGGAUGGGGGAUCGGGGAGUCAGCGACCAGGGGGAGACCCCCGAGGGGACACGGGGGGGAUCGGGGAGUCAGCGACCAGGCCGGGCUCUCCAUCCCCACCUCGGCCUCGUACUCCAAGAAAACGCAGGCGGCCAACGCGGAGAACAAACGGGGAGGAGGAGCAGGAGCGGGAGGAGGAGGAGGAGGAGGAGGAGGAGCAGGGGAGGAAGAGGGCGGGGGCGGGGGGCGCCGGGCCGGCAGCACGGCCAAGGUGCCCCCCAGCCCCCUGCCCGGCCUGGAGCGAUCCAAGGGCACCCCCUCCCCCUCCACGAACAGCGUGCUGUCCACGGGCACCACGCGCAGCCGCAACUCGCCGCUGCUGGACCGGGCCAGCCUGGGCCAGAGCUCCCUGCAGAACGGCAAGGACAGCGGGGCGCCCCCCCGGGUGCCAGCAGCGUCCCCCUCUGCCCACAACGUCAGCCAGGGCCCUGGCGAGCGGCCGAGCUUCCCUCGGGGGGUCUCGAGCCGCAGCACCUUCCACGCCGGGCAGCUCCGCGCCCCCCGGGACCCCCGGGACCCCCUGCCCUACGCGCUGCCCCCCGGGCUGCCCCCGCCCGCCUCGCCCUCGGGCGCCAGCCAGGGCCGGCGCGGCCCCUCGGCCAGCCUCUUCAGCAAGUUCACCUCCAAGUUCGUGCGCAGGUGAGCCGCGGGGUCCCCGCGCCCCCCCCCGGGGAGAUGCUGCGCGAGAUCCGCAAGGUGCUGCACCCCCUAACCCCCCGUUUCCCCCCUCAGACCGGCAGUGGGCCCCGAGAAGGACCCCCGCGAGGCCGGGCGCGACGCCAAGCCGCGCUCGCUGCGCUUCACGUGGAGCAUGAAGACCACGAGCUCGCUGGAGCCCGGGGAGAUGCUGCGCGAGAUCCGCAAGGUGCUGGACGCCAACAGCUGCCGCUGCGAGCCCCAGGAGCGCUUCGUGCUGCUCUGCGCCCACGGCGCGCCCGGCCACGACUCCUUCGUGCAGUGGGAGAUGGAGGUGUGCAAACUGCCCCGGCUCUCGCUCAACGGCGUCCGCUUCAAGCGCAUCGCCGGCACCUCCAUGGCCUUCAAGAACAUCGCCUCCAAGGUGGCCAACGAGCUCAAGCUCUGAGCCACGGCCGCCCGCCCCCGGCUCCCGGCUGGCACGGACCGCAGGGGACACCGGGGACAGCUCCAGGGUGGCUCUGGGGACACGGACACGGUGACCCAGAGUGGCUCCGAGGUGGCCACCGAGCUCUGGGGACAUUGACAGUGACCCAGGAGGGCCUCAGAGGUGACCACUGAGCUCUGGGGACAGGGACAGUGACCCAGGAUGGCUCCGAGGUGGCCACCGAGCUCUGGGGACAUUGACAGUGACCCAGCAGUGGCUCUGAGGUGACCACUGAGCUGCAGCUCUUGGGGACACGGAUGCAGCAUCCCAGGAUGGCUCCGAGGUGGUCACCAAGCUCUGGGGACAGGGACAGUGACCCAGGACAGCUCUGAGGUGACCACUGAGCUCCAGCUCUGAGCCACGGACACGCUGGGGACGCCCACGGGGGGACACGGCAGCGCCAGGACGGACCUUGGGUGUCCCAGGGGCUCCUGGAUGGAUCUGGGCAUCGCCUGGAGGGACCUGGAGCGCACUCCAGGCCUUGGUGGGCACGUCCUGGAUGGACCCAGGAGCUCCUGGGGUGGCCAGGAUGGACCUGGGAUGUCCUGGAUGGAUCUGGAAUGUCCUGGGAUGGACCUGGGAGCCGUGGAUGGACCCUCUGUGGGUCCAGGAAUGUUCUGGAUGGAGCUGGGAUGUCCGGAUGGAUCUGGGGGAACUCGUGGCUGGACCUGGGACCUGCCGGGGUCACCUGGCUGCACCUUGAGCGGGGUCCAGGUCUCAUGGGGACCCCCUGGAUGGAGCUGGGGCCUUGUGGGGACAGCCUGGGUGGGCCUUUGGGGACAUCCCGGUGGCCCAGGGACCUGGGGGCAUCUGCUGGGAGGGGGGAGCAAGGCUCACCUGGGGACAGGGACCUGCGGGGACAGGAGUGGUGGCCCAAGGCCCUUGUGAGGAGUCCUGGGCCUCGAGAGGACAUCGGGACACCGUGGGUGGCCCAGGGACAUCCCGGGUGGCCCUCGGGGACAUCCUCGGGGGCUCAGGAACGGCUGGGGGUGGCCCAGGGCCACGUGGGGACAGUCCUGGGUCACCCGGGGACAUCCUGGGCGUCCCUGAGCCUUACGGGGGGACACGGGGACAGUCCGGGGGUGGCCUUAGGGGGGGUGGGGAGCGACCCCUCCCCCCGGGGGAAUGCCGGUGUCCCCUCCCCCCUUGGGGACAGGGCUGUCCC